UUUGUGGGAUCUAUGGUAUAAAUUGGGUAGCUUCUAAGUUUAGGCUUAAGUUUCCUUAGGUAUGUUAAUUCAGUUAUUUCUUCAUCUACUUUAUAAUCUUAAAAUUUUUAUUGUUGUCUUCUCUUUCAUUCUGUUUGUCCUUACAGGAUUAUAAUUAUAAUUUUUUUUAAAUUCAUUUUAUUAUCAUUUUGAGUAGGGAGUGGAAGCUAAUGUGUAUUUGUAGCCUACCAUCUUCAACAAUUCACUCUUCAAAAUAAUCUUCUUAUAAGUUCUAAUUCAUUUUAUUGCCACAUUCUGUUAAGUGUUGACAGUCGUGUGGUGUCUGUAAGUGAAAGGAAAUUAUGUCACUGUGUUAAACUACUCUGUGCUUUUUGAGUUGCUUUUGUUUCAGUGAUGUCUUAGUGGGUAAGGAGUCUAAAAGUCCUUUUUCCAACUAACAGUUCAAUAACUCAUUUUUACAAGAAAACAGAUUAAUACAAAUUUGAGCUGUAUGUAAGGAACUGUCUUUUAUGUAUUAUCUAUUAUCAGUCUUCACUGAUAAUCCAUAUUAUUCAGGUUAUGCUUCUGAAGUUAUGCUUUAGCAAAUCUCAUUUAAAUCUUUAAUGUCUUUGACUUCAAUUAUUCAUUGGUUAAAAUUUAUCUCCAAAUCAGGAAUGAUUUCUGUUUAUGUAAAAACAAACAAAAACCAGUCAAUUGCAUUUGAAAUUAUAGGAGGAAACGAUUUAUAAGUUUUGUAUUCAUGUUUCUGAUAUCUUUCUCCAGCUCCAAGAAAUAAAAGAAAUAAAAUUUUCCCAUUUUCCUGGACCCUAUCUGUAUUUAUAGGCAUCACCAUGAACUUCCUUAUUUUCUUAAGACUAUUAACUUAAUGCACUGAAUUUCUUAUAAGUGCUGUCAUUUUGAACUUUAAAGUAUGAUACAAAUAUGAUCAAAGCUUUCUUUAGAGUCACUGUUUAAUAAAGAAUAAACCAUAAGAUAUAAACUAUAGAUUAUUUUUCAUUGAGUAAAAAGGGUCUGUACUUAUUCAUCCUGAAUGUCUGUGUUUUAUCCAGAAGAAUACUUCUCUAGUAUUAAAAAAUAAAUGUGGAGCUCAUGGAAAAUUUCACAAGAACAUGAAUGUUCUUGUGAUAGCCUGAGAAAAAGGAGACAGAUUAGGACAGGAGUUCUUUAUCUGGGUUUUUGGACAUGUUUUAGCACCUCCCUGAAUUCCUAUGUGCAAAAUAUUUUGUCUCUUAUGUCUCUAGGGAGAAAGUUCUUAAAUGUCUUUCAGAUUAUCAGAGGCUCAAAACACUUGAACUAGAGGCAAAAAAGUCAGUAAAGAAAAAAACAAUUGUUUAUAUGUUUAAGAACAUCAUGGGAGGUAUAUUUCCAUAUUAUGUAGCUCAGAGAUAUGUCUUAGGCUCACGUUCACCGCUUUAGGUUUAUCUUUAUUUUUGUUUUAUUGAAGUAUGAUUUACAAACAGUGAAAUGCUCAGAUCUGAGGUAUAUAGUUUGAUAGGUUUAGACAAGUGUGUAUAAACUCUGUGUAACCCAUACCCUUUUCUUUUUUUUCUUUUUUUUUUAACCCAUACCGUUUUCAAGACCCAGAACAUUUUCAUCACCCCAGAAGUUACCUUAACUUUUUAAAGUAAGAGCAAAGGCCAUUCUUUGUAGCUCUUUGAUUUAAGGACAGACUUCUUCUUUGCAUAGUCCUGGAGAAUCUAUUAGCUAAAUUAGUUGCUCAGGGUUUUUUUUGUUUGUUUUUUAAGGUAAGUUCAGUGCCCAAUGUGGGGCUUGUGCUCACAACCCUAAGUUGUGACUGACUGAGCCAGCCAGGCCUCCCAUAAAUUUUAGUUUAUUUAUUUUGUUAUUUAUUAUUUUUUUAAGUAGGUUCUAUGCUCAGUGUGAGGCUCGAACUCAGGACCCUGAGAUCAAGAAUCACAUGCUCUACCAGCUGAGCCAGUUGGAUAUCCUUGGUAGCCGCUCCUCUAAAACAUUUAAACCAAAGAAGAACAUUCCAGAGGGUUCUCACCAGUAUGAGCUCUUAAAGCACGCAGAAGCCACACUUGGUAGUGGUAAUCUCCGGAUGGCGGUCAUGCUUCCUGAGGGGGAAGAUCUAAAUGAAUGGGUUGCAGUGAACACUGUGGAUUUCUUCAAUCAGAUUAAUAUGCUUUAUGGAACAAUCACAGAUUUCUGUACAGAGGAAAGUUGUCCGGUGAUGUCAGCUGGCCCAAAAUAUGAGUAUCACUGGGCAGAUGGAACAAACAUAAAGAAGCCUAUUAAGUGCUCUGCGCCAAAGUAUAUUGAUUACCUGAUGACUUGGGUUCAGGACCAGUUGGAUGAUGAGACAUUAUUUCCAUCAAAAAUUGGUGUCCCAUUCCCGAAGAAUUUCAUGUCUGUGGCAAAAACUAUACUCAAACGCCUCUUUAGGGUUUAUGCUCACAUUUAUCAUCAGCAUUUCGAUCCUGUAAUCCAACUUCAGGAGGAAGCACAUCUCAAUACUUCUUUCAAGCACUUUAUUUUUUUUGUCCAGGAAUUCAACCUUAUUGAUAGAAGAGAACUUGCACCACUCCAAGAACUGAUUGAAAAACUCACCUCAAAGGACAGAUAAAAGGACGCAGAGCUGUGCAAAUUGUUCCUCAAAUGAAGUGUGUGGAGUUUAUUUGGAUUUGGUUGUGUUUUAUUUUUAUCUCGGUCGUUUUUGUCAUAGGUUUAGGGGGCUUGUUUGGGUUUCUUUUUUCUUUAUUCUGAGUAAGUGAAACCAUAUUCAAUUGCUAGAGGAAGCCAAGAACCAUUCUCUGUAAAUUUGAUAGGGGGUAAGUUUUGUCUUAGUGGCAUAUGGUGGUUUUUUUUUGUUUGUUUUUUUUACUUGGUUUGCUUACUUGCAGAAUUUUUGAUAAUACUGUGUGCUGAAAGAAAACGCUUGCUGAUUGGACUGAUGACAGUUGGGGGUUCUGUGUUGUGUAAAUUGUGGCCAAUUUCUGAAGUCCCCAAAAGACUUAUGUUUUUAAGUGCCUUGGUAGGCUCACUUCUGAGGUGCAAAGCACAGACAUAGAACUGAACAGGGCUUGAACAAUAUUAGGAUUACUACCCAGGGCACUUACUGAUGCAUGUUUUAAAAUGUCUAUGAUAAAAGCCAUAGUUUACCAAAAUUGGUGAUCUCCAGCUUUUACUACAUUAAAGAAACACAAUUUGUAAAGGUGUGCAUGUAGAACGUACAAAAUUAGUAUUUAUUAAUUAUUUUUGAUAUUGAUGGUAAUUCUGUUCAACAAAUGUUUAAAGUUCUACAAGCAGGUCUUUCUUCCAUCUCUUGAUAUCUGUGAUAUUGAAACUAAAGGAUGUUGAAGUGUAAUACCUAUUGCAUUUUAGCUUCUUUCUACAUGUUAACUGCACUCUAGGUGUAAAAAUUCAGGUUUUAUAUAGGUUUGCCAUCUUCAGAGGUGAUGCUGAACUGUGAGGUUUCUUAGCAAUUGCCAAAUGAGCCAUAAGUCUAGAGAAUUCCCUUCUACUUUGAAGAGGAGGGGAUGGAUAAGAGUGUGUGUUUGGUUGGGAGGGUUUGUUUGUAUGGGGAGCUAUAGAUGGAAUUGUAUGAUGAGUCAAGUUCAGAAAGUCUUGUCUUAAAAUCCUUGAGUAGAGUGGCAUGAAGUUUUUAACCAAUUUCUUGUAAACAAAGUCUUAGAGACUUCCUUUUAGGAAUCAACUUCCAUGAGAAGUUAAACAUAAAUUAUUAAUUUUAGGUGUAGACAUUAAACAUGGAAUUUAAGGACUGUUUGGGGGAAAUAGAUCACUCUCCAGCAUUUCCAUUCAGUGAAUGGAGCUGGUGUUUGCCUGUCAUUUUAAAAUGAUACAGUACCCUUCUCUGCUUAUGAUAGGCCCAAUUUGAAGCAUUCUGACUUCUGAUUUUUCUACUGUGAAAGGAAAUCUUUUUCUUUGCAGUGAUAUCAAACAAUGUAAGUGCUAAUUUAGUAGUUAUUAACUUUUACAUUUUAUUUGUCAUGGCUUUCUAGUGAAUUAUUCCCAUAAGUAAAAAGUUCAGAAAGUUAAUUUUUAAAAUAAUUUUAACAUUUUUCACUUCAAUUUUAGUCUUGAGAAGUAUCUUUUUCAGACUUCCUUUUGAUUUUGUCAUUUCUGGUAAGAUCUGUUUCCUUCAGUUACAAAUAUGUAUUCUUCCUUUAGUGUGAAAUAUAUACCUUUUUCCUUGUGGAAUAGAAAUCUUGCUUUGAAAUUAUAUAGACUAAAAAUGGUCAGUAAGCGAGAAUCUAAAAUUAAAUAAAUCAGUCUGUCUUUGCCAUUAACAGGGAGAGCAGUGAUAUAAUUUAAUGCCAUUACAGUUAUGAUGACUAGGAACUGCCUUUUUCUCCAUUUCAUUUCUAACAAUCAUUCUCCAAGUACCAACAGUAGAAGUAAUGGGAGAGCCUGGCAAGUAUGUUGGACGUUCAUUGGUAAUGGUUAUUGAUAAACUGCAGUGAGAAGUAACUGAUGUCCUUAAAACAAAUAUUUUAUUACCUAGGUAGGUAAUAUCAAUCCCUGUAGGUUGAUUCAGAAAUAAAAUUUGGCAUCAAGUGACAUGGGGUCCUAUUUAUUGAUGAAAAUGAAGCAUAAUUAUUCCAGUAGUCUUCUAUACUGCGUUGGACUUUGUAUCAUCCUAGUAACAAAGGGGUUGCAAAUAGCCAAGUGUAGAAAAUACUGAAAAAUCGUUCUUGCUCUUUUAAGCCUUACACAGUAGUACACUGUAAAAAUGGAAGGAUGUUUCUAUAAAAUAAUGUUUAGUACUAGGCCCUACUUUCCUACUGUGUGUAGAUAGGAGUUUGUUGUCACUGUGUCAGAAUCUCAGGUGCCUGCUUCUGAGUAUUCCUUUAAACAGAGGUAUUAUUAGGAAGUAAGGAGAUAAUGUACGCAUGGAUAUGAUAACAAAGUAGAGAAGUUCUCCCAGGGAGAGGCCUGGCAUUGUACAUGGGGUUACAUGGCCACAGGUAAGGAAACACCCACCAGAGCAUGUGAGAAAUAACCAGUUUAACAGAACUUGCUUUGAUUUGAUUAGUUUCCAUGAGCGUUAAUAAGAUGCCCUUUAUAAAAUAAGGAUCAAAUCCUGGUUUUGUAGCACUUUGCUUACGAAUGUGUAUUGGAUUCUUCCCAGAUCUCUUAAUUUAGUUUAUAAAUAACCAAGAUAAUGAUUUCCCCCCUGCUCUUUAUACAGAGAUUUAAAGCAGAAGUUGGUUUUCUCAUCCACUAAUUAAAGCAUAAAAUAUCAAGUAAUAAGUUAACAUAGUAUUAUUAUCACAAUGCUUUGGUUAAGUGUUGAAAUGAAGCAAGUUUUAGGAGUUAUUUUAAAUGAUGGAAAAUUAAUAAUCCAAGAGUGAAAAUCUUUCGGUAAGCAGUAGAUGGUGCUACUGGCUCUCAUUUGCUGACUUGAUUGUUCUGUUGCCCAUAAAAACCAUGGCAUUAGACUUCAUUAAAAGAGUAAGCAUGUGUUAGUUGGCUGGUAGAGGCUUUGGAGGUCAGUUUACUUUACAUCGAAAGAUUUUACAUUGCUCUUUCUAUUUGUGUUAUUUGUAAAUGGUAAAGGGUGCGCAUAAAAUGUAUUGGCUGGGGGAAGACAGGUUUAGUGUAUAAUAUAUCUCAGAUUAAGUUACUGCCUGGCUUAUCAGGAAAGAUAAAACACUACAAUCUCUUAUCUUCAGGAAAUACAGAUGAUGUGGAUAUUUAUAUUUUACAUGUAAUCACCAGACUCCAUUUUAUGUAUUAGCAUUUUCCUUGCUUAUGGGAAAAUAGCAAAAUGACAUUUCUUUUAUACCUUUGUGUACACCCUCUCUGAGAGAGGUUUUGAUAACCACUGAAAUGGUGAAAUGUGAGAUACAAUUAUUAAGUUAGUUGUAGGACUUUCUUUUCAAAUAAGUAUGUCAUACCUUAAACAUCCAAAUGAGAGUUGAUCUUCAGAGUGGUUCCUGUGGGAGCAUUAUUCUUUCUAGCUAUGCUUUGAGGGUGUAAUGUUUUUGGAGCAUUUUCAGAGAUGCCUUGAGAAUUGGUUUAUGACUAUGCAAGAAAAUCUAUUUCAUCAUUUUAGUUGCACCGAAGACUUUUUUGGCAGCUUAGUAAGACCUAGCUCAUUCACCAAACUUAACUCUACUUUGCUGUUUUCUUAGAACUAAACCAUUAGGGAAGUUCAAAAGACUGCCAUAGGCUCUGAAUUUGCAGAAGAGAAUGUUUUGAGCAUUGGUAGCACCAUUUAAUAAAGGAAUAGUUUCCUGAUGUCUCUACUUUGAAGUACACAGUGUCAUUUGGAUGUAUAGGUUUUAUUUAAUUUUUACAAAUUUAGUUU